AACUAUAAAUAUGUAGCAAGCAGAUUAGAGAGUAUUCCACAACUCAAGAGCUUGAAUUUUUCAGUGAGUAUAUCUUUAGUAAAUUUGAGUUUCUCUGAAGUCAUGGCUCAAUUGUGUGUCCUUGAGACAACGGUACAACUCAAAUCAUGUCCUCAAAAGUUCUAUAACUUCCUCAAGAGCCAAAGCCAACACAUUCCAAAUAAAGCACAGAGCGAAAACGUGCAUGGUGUUGAGAUUCACAAAGGCGAUUGGAACACUCCUGGUUCAAUCAAGAUUUGGAAAUUUAGCAUAGAAGGGAAGGAGGAGAUAUUCAAGGAAAGGAUUGAAGUGGAUGAAGUGAAUAUGACUAUAACUUAUGUUGCUGCUGGAGGGAAUGUGUUGGAGUUGUACAAAAGCUACAAGGCCAUUGUGAAAGUGGAGAAUCAAAUUUUAAAGUUGAGAAUAGAAUAUGAGAAGAUUAAUGAUGAGACCCUACCUCCAAGGAAAUACCAGCAGUUUAUUAUUAAUAUUGUUAGAGAUCUUGAUGGAAACUUAGUUAAAGCUGGUUAAUCUGUAUUCUAAUACAUAAUUUCCUAAAAAAAAAAAUUAUGUGUGUGUUCUAUACGGAUGAUUUUUUGUGAAACUCACAUUAAAAUCAUUCAGUAAUUAUAGGAGAGUGUAAAAUAAGAAUUUGAACGAUCUUUAUAUUGAGUUAUGUGUUUAUGUAUGCAUGAUGCACUUGAAUUGUGUGUUUGUCUGAUCCACUAGAUUUAUUAGCCUAAGUUUGAUUUUAUGUU